GUUAACAGCGUAGCGGGCACCUGGACCUCAGUGCCUUUCCCUCGCCGGCGGGGCUCGCAGGCUGACACCAUGGAUCUGCUCGGCUCGCUCAAGUCCUACUUCACCACCAAGUAUGUCAUCACCGACAACCUCAUGUGUCGCCUUCACCACAAGGCGUCUGUGGGUGUGCUGCUGGCGUUCAGCAUACUCGUUACCGGCAAGCAAUACGUGGGUGAUCCUAUCGACUGCAUCAGCAAGGACUCGGUGCCUGGGAACUUGUUAGACACCUACUGCUGGAUACACAAAACAUUCAGUGUGGCCACGGCUUGGCACGGAAAACUGGGUGACGAUGUGGCCUACCCUGGAGUGGCCCCUCACACCGAAGGCGACCCCAAAGUGUACCACGGUUACUACCAGUGGGUCUGCUUCGUGCUUACGCUACAAGCGCUAUUCUUCUAUGUGCCUCGCUACCUCUGGAAGACGAUCGAGGGCCGUCGCGUUCAGAGCCUCACUGAGCAGCUGUCUUCUCCCAUGCAAGACAAAGCUACCCUGGAAAAAGCCCGAGGCAUGGUCAUUGACUAUCUUGUUAACAACCGUGGUUACCACGGAGGCUACUUCUUUGGGUUCGUGUUCACCGAGAUGCUCUAUUUCGUUAACGUCGUGGCGCAGAUCUUUGUCAUGGACAGGUUCCUGGGUGGCGAGUUCUCCACCUACGGAAUUCGCGUGAUCGAAUUCACCGAGUGGCACUGGGAGGCCCGCUACGACCCGAUGAUAAAGGUAUUCCCGCGAAUGACCAAGUGUACCUUCCACAUGUUUGGUACCUCCGGAGACCUGCAGAAGCAUGACGCCGUCUGCGUGCUCCCAAUCAACAUCAUCAACGAGAAGAUCUACGUGUUCCUCUGGUUCUGGUUCGUCAUCCUGUCCAUCAUCACGGGCCUCUUUCUCAUCUACAGGAUGAUCACCAUCGUGUCCAGCUCCGUACGCUUUAACAUCAUGUACAGCCGAAACCGCAACGUCCAAUCCGAGAACCUUCGAGAAAUCAUCGAGAAAAUUGGCACCGCCGACUGGUUCAUCUUCUACCAGAUCAGCAGGAACGUCGAACCAGGGCAUAUGAAAGAGUUUGUCGACCACUACGCCCAGGAACUGAAUGUUGACGACAAGUCGGACAAGCGGAAGCUCAUGGACAAACAUUGAGAGAUUUGGCUGCUGGGUCGUCGCUCUAUACUGCCCAAAAACUGCGCAUAGGGAGUGUUCCUUCGUAACAACUUUAUUCCAUAGGGAGUGUUCCAUCUUCAAAUUUGUUUAAUAGUGUGGUGUUGAUGAGAGAUGAAUUGUAAGUGAAUGAAUGGGCUGUCAACGGAAAGCGUGCUAUUCAAGGCUACAAGCAAGGCCGUGCUUCCGGCAUCUCGUCGCCCAGGCCAGUUCAAGUCACGAGGCAACGCUUCGUAAGUGCAUCAGUGCAUGGUCGAUGGUAAAGGGGCAUCUUGUUCACAACUGACAAAUGUGAUAGCCCGAUUUGCUGUAUUGUAAGAGUGGGUUCUAUGAAGCUUGUUGGUUGUGAUGUUUCUGCUCUUCUCGGCGUUACUGGUAUAUGUACCACGUUCGUCACUAUUGAACUGUGGGACAAUUGUUUAGCAAUCAGUAUCAUAUAAGCAAUUAUUAAGCGGACGUGUCCACCAAAAAGUGUUUCAUUGUAUUAGCAUGUAACAAGAUCAAGAGUCAGAAUUAAGAGGUAUAUAGCCCAUAACAUCUGCGGAUGUUCGAACGUAGCUUAUUCACGUUACCAUCAUUUGCAGCUGUUACAAAGUUUACAAUAAAUUUCGGUUUCAUUUCAUAGUGAAAAUA